GGCUGCAGUGCUGCGGCUCAGCUGAUAAUUGAAGGGACCCGAGGAGCCGCCGCCGCUGCCGCCGCUGGGGGGGCGGGGGGAGCAAGUGGAAGUUACUGCCGAGCCACCGAGUCCGCACCGGAGACUUUGGGGCCUAACUAGUGAAUGGUAGUGUCUAGAAAGGGUAUGUCCCUUCAAGAGAGAGGUGCCAAUGUCCAACCGGCCUAAUAACAAUCCAGGGGGGUCACUGCGACGUUCACAGAGGAACACUGCCGGGGCCCAACCACAAGACGACGCGAUAGGAGGAAGGUCACAUUUAGGGCAGGCAAAACAUAAGGGAUAUAGCCCUCCUGAGAGUAGAAAAUCUAAUACUAAGGCACCCAAAGUGCAGUCUAAUACUACUUCUGAACUGUCAAGGGGACACCUUUCUAAAAGAAGCUGCAGUUCAUCAUCUGCUGUCAUAGUUCCACAGCCAGAGGACCCAGACAGAGCCAGUACUCCAGAAGGGCAAAAAACGGAGCAGGUGCCUAAGAAAGACAAUUCUCGAGGAGUGAAGCGCAGUGCUAGUCCAGGCUACAACAGGACCAAUUCUCCUAGCUCUGCCAAAAAACCAAAAGCACUUCUGCAUACUGAAUCUCCCUCAGAGACGAAUAAGCCACAUAGUAAAUCAAAGAAGAGAUAUUUAGACCAGGAGCAGCAACCGAAAUCUGCACCAUUGCCAUCAACAAGCAAGGCGCAUACCAGAAAGAGUGGGGUCACUGGUAGUUCACGGAGUCAGAAAAGAAAGAGGACAGAGAGUUCUUGUAUAAAGAGUGGUUCUGUGACUGAACCAACGGGUGCUGAAGAGAGAUCUGCAAAACCUACCAAGCUGGCUUCAAAAUCGGCCACCUCAGCCAAAGCUGGGUGUAGCACCAUCACUGAUUCUUCUUCUGCUGCCUCUACUUCCUCCUCAUCUUCUGCCAUAGCCUCGGCCUCCUCCACUGUACCACCAGGUGCCAGGGUAAAACAAGGAAAAGACCAGAACAAGGCCAGGCGUUCCCGUUCAGCAUCCAGUCCCAGUCCCAGAAGAAGUAGCAGGGAAAAGGAACAGAGGUCUUCUAAGUCAGAGACAUCAAAACCUGGACCUUCUGGAUUACAGGCCAAAUUAGCAAGUUUAAGAAAAUCUACCAAGAAGCGCAGUGAGUCCCCACCUGCUGAGCUCCCCAGUUUGAGGCGGAGCACACGUCAAAAGACCACGGGCUCCUGUGCUAGUACCAGUCGGCGAGGCUCUGGCCUGGGCAAAAGAGGAGCAGCUGAAGCUCGUCGACAGGAGAAAAUGGCAGACCCUGAAAGCAACCAGGACUCCGUCAAUUCUUCAGCUGCACGUACAGAUGAAACUCCUCAAGGAGCUGCAGCCUCGAGUUCUGUUGCAGGGGCUGUCGGCAUGACCACCUCUGGGGAGAGUGAAUCAGAUGAUUCCGAGAUGGGACGAUUACAAGCUCUGUUAGAGGCCAGAGGUCUUCCUCCUCACCUGUUUGGCCCUCUUGGUCCUCGAAUGUCACAACUUUUCCACAGAACAAUUGGAAGUGGAGCUAGUUCUAAGGCCCAGCAGCUUCUGCAAGGACUCCAGGCUACUGAUGAAAGCCAGCAACUUCAGGCAGUUAUUGAAAUGUGUCAGUUAUUGGUUAUGGGAAAUGAGGAGACACUGGGAGGGUUUCCUGUCAAGAGUGUUGUUCCAGCUUUGAUAACAUUACUGCAGAUGGAGCAUAAUUUUGAUAUUAUGAACCAUGCUUGUCGAGCCUUAACAUACAUGAUGGAAGCACUUCCUAGGUCGUCGGCUGUUGUGGUAGAUGCUAUUCCUGUCUUCUUAGAAAAGCUGCAAGUUAUUCAGUGUAUUGAUGUGGCAGAGCAGGCCUUGACUGCAUUGGAGAUGUUAUCUCGUAGACACAGUAAAGCCAUUCUACAGGCGGGUGGUUUGGCAGACUGCUUGCUGUAUCUGGAGUUCUUCAGCAUAAAUGCCCAAAGAAAUGCACUAGCAAUUGCUGCCAAUUGCUGCCAGAGUAUCACGCCAGAUGAGUUCCAUUUUGUGGCAGAUUCUCUCCCAUUGCUUACCCAAAGGCUAACCCAUCAGGACAAAAAGUCAGUGGAAAGCACUUGCCUUUGUUUUGCACGUCUAGUAGAUAACUUCCAACAUGAGGAGAAUCUACUCCAGCAGGUUGCCUCCAAAGACCUGCUUACAAAUGUUCAACAACUAUUGGUAGUGACUCCGCCAAUUUUAAGUUCUGGGAUGUUUAUUAUGGUGGUUCGUAUGUUUUCACUGAUGUGUUCCAACUGUCCAACUUUAGCAGUUCAACUUAUGAAGCAAAACAUUGCAGAAACACUGCACUUCCUCCUGUGUGGUGCCUCCAAUGGAAGUUGUCAGGAACAGAUUGAUCUUGUCCCACGAAGUCCUCAAGAAUUGUAUGAACUGACAUCUUUGAUUUGCGAACUUAUGCCAUGUUUACCAAAAGAAGGCAUUUUUGCAGUUGAUACCAUGCUGAAGAAGGGAAACACACAGAACACAGAUGGUGCAAUAUGGCAGUGGCGAGAUGAUCGGGGCCUUUGGCAUCCCUAUAACAGGAUCGAUAGCCGGAUAAUUGAGGUAGCAGCCCAUCAGGUCGGUGAGGAUGAGAUAAGCUUGUCCACUCUGGGACGAGUUUAUACUAUUGAUUUUAAUUCUAUGCAGCAAAUCAAUGAGGACACGGGAACAGCACGUGCCAUUCAGAGAAAACCUAACCCCUUAGCCAAUACUAACACUAGUGGAUAUUCAGAGUUAAAGAAGGAUGAUGCACGUGCACAGCUUAUGAAAGAGGAUCCAGAACUGGCUAAGUCUUUUAUUAAGACAUUAUUUGGUGUUCUUUAUGAAGUGUACAGUUCCUCAGCAGGACCUGCAGUCAGACAUAAGUGCCUUAGAGCAAUUCUUAGGAUAAUUUAUUUUGCGGAUGCUGAACUUCUGAAGGAUGUCCUAAAAAAUCAUGCUGUUUCAAGUCACAUUGCUUCCAUGCUGUCAAGCCAAGACUUGAAGAUAGUAGUUGGAGCUCUUCAGAUGGCAGAAAUCUUAAUGCAGAAGUUACCUGAUAUUUUUAGUGUUUACUUCAGAAGAGAAGGUGUAAUGCAUCAAGUAAAACACUUAGCAGAGUCAGAGUCUUUGUUGACGAGUCCACCAAAGGCAUGUACGAAUGGAUCAGGAACCUUGGGGUCAACGACAUCAGUCAGCAGUGGAAUAGCCACGGCAGCCACAAAUGCAGCAUCUGACUUGGGAUCCCCCAGCCUGCAGCACAGCAGAGAUGAUUCUUUAGAUCUCAGCCCUCAAGGUCGAUUAAGUGAUGUUUUAAAGAGAAAGCGACUUCCAAAACGAGGGCCAAGAAGGCCAAAGUAUUCACCUCCAAGAGAUGAUGACAAAGUAGACAAUCAAGCUAAAAGCCCCACCACUACUCAGUCACCUAAAUCUUCUUUCCUGGCAAGCUUGAAUCCAAAAACAUGGGGAAGGUUAAGUGCCCAGUCAAACAGCAACAACAUUGAACCAGCACGCACAGCAGGAGUCAGUGGUCUUGCCAGGGCUGCCUCAAAAGACACCAUAUCCAAUAAUAGAGAAAAAAUUAAAGGUUGGAUUAAAGAGCAGGCACAUAAAUUUGUAGAGCGUUAUUUCAGUUCUGAGAACAUGGAUGGAAGCAACCCUGCACUGAAUGUCCUUCAGAGACUUUGUGCUGCAACUGAACAACUCAACCUCCAGGUGGAUGGUGGAGCUGAGUGCCUUGUAGAAAUCCGUAGCAUAGUCUCAGAGUCGGAUGUGUCAUCAUUUGAAAUCCAGCAUAGUGGGUUUGUGAAACAGCUAUUGCUUUAUUUGACAUCUAAAAGUGAAAAGGAUGCUGUGAGCAGAGAGAUCAGAUUAAAGAGAUUCCUUCAUGUAUUUUUUGCUUCUCCACUUCCUGGAGAAGAACCCAUUGGAAGAGUAGAACCAGUGGGUCAUGCACCUUUGCUGGCAUUAGUCCACAAGAUGAACAACUGCCUCAGCCAGAUGGAACAGUUUCCGGUCAAAGUGCAUGAUUUCCCCAGUGGAAAUGGGACAGGAGGCAGCUUUUCUCUCAACAGAGGAUCACAAGCUUUAAAAUUUUUCAACACACAUCAAUUAAAAUGCCAGCUACAAAGACAUCCAGACUGUGCAAAUGUGAAGCAAUGGAAGGGUGGGCCUGUCAAGAUUGACCCCCUGGCUUUGGUACAAGCUAUCGAGAGAUACCUUGUAGUUAGAGGCUAUGGAAGAGUAAGAGAAGAUGAUGAAGACAGUGAUGAUGAUGGAUCAGAUGAAGAAAUAGACGAGUCUCUGGCUGCUCAGUUCUUAAAUUCAGGAAAUGUAAGACACAGGCUACAAUUUUACAUUGGAGAACAUUUGCUGCCAUAUAACAUGACGGUGUAUCAGGCAGUACGGCAGUUCAGUAUACAGGCUGAAGAUGAACGAGAAUCCACGGAUGAUGAGAGCAAUCCUCUAGGAAGAGCUGGUAUUUGGACAAAGACUCAUACAAUAUGGUACAAACCUGUGAGAGAGGAUGAAGAAACUAAUAAAGAUUGUGUUGGUGGUAAGAGAGGAAGGGCCCAAACAGCUCCAACAAAAACUUCCCCUAGAAAUGCAAAAAAACAUGAUGAGUUGUGGCAUGAUGGAGUGUGCCCAUCAGUGUCUAAUCCUUUAGAAGUUUACCUCAUACCUUCACCACCUGAAAAUAUAACCUUUGAAGACCCAUCAUUAGAUGUGAUCCUUCUUUUAAGAGUGUUACAUGCCAUCAGUAGAUACUGGUAUUAUUUGUAUGAUAAUGCAAUGUGCAAGGAGAUUAUUCCAACUAGUGAAUUUAUUAACAGUAAAUUGACAGCAAAAGCGAACAGGCAGCUUCAAGAUCCUUUAGUAAUCAUGACAGGAAACAUCCCGACAUGGCUUACUGAGCUAGGAAAAACUUGCCCAUUUUUCUUUCCUUUUGACACCCGGCAAAUGCUUUUUUACGUAACUGCAUUUGAUCGGGACCGAGCAAUGCAAAGAUUACUUGAUACCAACCCAGAAAUCAACCAGUCCGAUUCUCAAGAUAGCAGAGUUGCACCUAGAUUGGAUAGAAAAAAACGUACUGUGAACAGAGAGGAGCUGCUGAAACAAGCAGAGUCAGUGAUGCAGGACCUCGGCAGCUCACGGGCAAUGUUAGAAAUCCAGUAUGAAAACGAGGUUGGCACAGGUCUCGGGCCUACACUGGAAUUUUAUGCACUUGUAUCUCAGGAACUGCAGAGGGCUGACUUGGGUCUCUGGAGAGGUGAAGAAGUAACUCUUAGUAAUCCAAAAGGAAGCCAAGAAGGGACCAAGUAUAUCCAAAACCUCCAGGGCCUGUUUGCGCUUCCCUUUGGUAGGACAGCUAAGCCCGCUCACAUUGCAAAGGUUAAAAUGAAAUUUCGCUUCUUGGGAAAAUUAAUGGCCAAGGCUAUUAUGGAUUUCAGAUUGGUGGACCUUCCCCUUGGCUUACCAUUUUAUAAAUGGAUGCUACGACAAGAAACUUCGCUGACAUCACACGAUUUGUUUGAUAUUGACCCAGUUGUAGCCAGAUCAGUAUAUCACUUAGAAGACAUUGUGAGACAGAAGAAAAGACUUGAACAAGAUAAAUCCCAGACCAAAGAGAGUCUACAAUAUGCAUUAGAGACCCUAACUAUGAAUGGCUGCUCUGUCGAAGAUCUAGGAUUGGAUUUCACUCUGCCAGGGUUUCCCAACAUCGAACUGAAGAAAGGAGGAAAGGAUAUACCAGUCACUAUCCACAAUUUAGAGGAAUAUCUCAGACUGGUUAUAUUCUGGGCACUUAAUGAAGGUGUUUCCAGGCAAUUUGAUUCUUUCAGAGAUGGAUUUGAAUCAGUCUUCCCACUCAGUCAUCUUCAGUACUUCUACCCAGAGGAACUGGAUCAGCUCCUGUGUGGCAGUAAAGCAGACACUUGGGAUGCAAAGACAUUGAUGGAAUGCUGCAGGCCUGAUCACGGUUAUACUCAUGACAGUCGGGCUGUGAAGUUCUUGUUUGAGAUUCUCAGUAGUUUUGAUAAUGAACAGCAAAGGUUAUUUCUCCAGUUUGUGACUGGUAGCCCAAGAUUGCCUGUUGGAGGCUUCCGGAGUUUGAAUCCACCUUUGACAAUUGUGCGGAAGACAUUUGAAUCAACAGAAAACCCAGAUGACUUCCUGCCCUCUGUAAUGACUUGUGUGAACUAUCUUAAGUUGCCGGACUAUUCAAGCAUUGAGAUAAUGCGUGAAAAACUGUUGAUAGCCGCAAGAGAAGGGCAGCAGUCGUUCCAUCUUUCCUGAUCACAACAAAAAUGCAAUGUCUGCCUGUUACAGCAAAAGAAAAAAAAUCAUGAUUUCUUUUUUAAAUGUUAUCACCUGAGUCAAGGAAACAUGUUACGCCUUCUUGUAGGAAAAACGGCUUGCAGAUUAUAAAAGAGACACUUGGUUGAUAUUCAUUAAUGGCCCCAUGGACUUAAAGUGAUCAGGCCCUAAAAAGUUGUUGUGAUGAGGUUUCUUUAGCAAGUUCUUGUUUAAAUUAUCAUUUAUUUGAUGAGUGAAGUUUUUAACUUGCUUUGCUGUGUGAAAUUUAAAAAAGGGAUGUUUUUCCAGGCUGGAACAAUAAAUGUCGCUGUGCAGUUUAAUUCUGGGCUGUGUGUAUCCAUCUAGCCAAGUCUGCAGUUUUGUUUCCUCCAAAGACAACUCUUGUACAUGAGUACAGAAAUUAAAGCUCACGUGUAUUUGACAAAUAUAGUUUAGUAGACUAGCUCUGUGUACUUUUCACUUCCCUCUGAUUUUCUCUGCCUCCUUCAUGUAUUGUCUGUGCAAUUCACACAAUUCUUUUUGUAUCCAACACUCACGGUUGUUACAUUUUCGUUAGCCAUGGGUUUUUGUUGUCCCAUGCUCUCUCUCAAAUUAAGAUAUAAUUUAAAAUUCAUUGAAUUGAAAUAUAUUAUCAAUAUAAUUCAGCCUUUGUAACUAGCUAGACUUUUCUUAGAGCUUAGUUUUAAUGUAGUUGUAGGAUAUUACUGGCCUUUUACCAAGUGACACACUAGGACUGUUGACGGUGAUUCCGGCCACAACAGCCUCUGGAAUGGAGGCAAGGAAAGCGCAUUUCUUUUGCGUAGGUUAAAAAGUCUGCAGCUUGGGCUGUCCAGUAUUUAUUAUUCUAUGGCCAGAGCAUUUUGAAUUGAUGUAAAGUUUUAAACGAAAUUAGAAGUUUUUCAUUCCCUGUUGGAGUAAAACAAAAAUUCUCCCUUGUUUACGUUUUUUGUUCAUAGUUUUCUUUCUUUAUUCAACUCUCCCCUUCUCCUCCUCCCAAUGCUAAUUUGGGGCAAACAGUUCAGCCUUUGUCUCCACACAGAUAAAAGCACCUGUAAGCAAUGCUCUGUCCAGUUGUUCUAUGUACUGAUUUCUCAAAUCUGCAAUAAUCCAUCAGGUUCAUGUUUUUACCUGAAAAUAAAUAAAAGUUUGCUUCACCUUUUUGUUCUGUGCUUAUGCAUAACUUUUCAUUGUAUGGCUGAUGGCUGUAUUCCAAUGCAAGUAAUCGUCAAAUCUCCAUGACUCAGGUUAUGGCUGAUUUCGCUGUUCUAACAAGAACUUUAAAUGGCAACUUGAAGAAAAUAAAAUGUGGAGAGAGAGCAGGAGGAGAUUUCUUCCUUCCUUUGGUUCAAAAUUAAGCCUAUUGCAUAAAUUUAAACGAAUUUUCAAUAAUGCAUCUCUUUGCAAAUGAGAGAUGAGCUAAAUGCUUUUUUAUUGAACUUUGAGAAAUCAAUUUCUUUGUUUUAUUGACUGUUUAGAAACCUUAUUUAAUUGAUGUAAAACUCCUUUUGUUCCCCUUCCUACCACCCCAAAAACCUUAGCGGCUUGUUUUAUUUAAAUUACCUUGUCAUUUUACACUGAAAUGGCCUUAUAUGGAAAUAUGCCCUCCUUUCAAUUAACUUGGGCAGUAAAUCCCAUUAAGUAUGAGAGAGCUGUAACAGGAGCUUGUGAGGAAGUAUGUUUGUAGAGAGAGGCUCAGACAAUUGAGCAGCGAAGAAAGGAGUUGCAUUUCUGCAGUUUUAACAUUGACAGCUUAGGAUCUGAGCAGUUGAAUCAAGCAAAAUUAGUAUUGAAGGAACCAAUUUGUUUAAAACUGUUCUGAUAUAUGUAUCUUUUUACAAGCUAAACACCAAGAUUUUUGUGUGAAAAUAACAUUUUGUUCCUCAUUCUUUAAAGGGUUCCAUUUUUUAAAUUUAGAUGUGUAUAAACAAAGUAAUGUUUCAUAUUAAAAUAUCUAUAUUUGAUAUUUUGUCCAUGUUGUGACCUGGCAGAUUUGACCUCAUGGAUUUCAGCAUCUAAUGAGUUCAUGUGAUGGGUUUGAAUGAAAUUCUGGAGCUUGCAUAAGUUGGUAGUUACCUGUUUAAGAACUUUCAGUCUUUAGUAAUUGUCUCACCCCCUUCCUUAAAAAGUGGCAUUCUUCGUUAAUUUGGACAGGAAGAUGCUCUCUUCCCAUUUUUAAGCAAUCUCUCUUGGCAGAGGCCUUAAUGUUGCAUCUUUGGGAACAAGUUUAUACUUCAUUUGCUGUUAUUCCAGUUAUGCCUUAAAUUUAUUUGCUUAGUAAUCCUAUCAGCAAGCACUAAUUUCUAAGUAUGCUUUAAAAAUUAGGUAGUGACAGCUAGGUAAUGACUGAGAUCUUGUUGUCCUUUAAUUUUUGCUGAGAUGGAAUCAGAUUAUGUCGUAGUCACAGCCAACUAACACUGAGUUUGAGUUGUCAUUUAGACCAACACCAAUUUGAUCAGCUUUGUAUAUGAGAAGUUAUUAACUAUUUCACUUUAAGAAGGAAGAAUUAGUCAAAUGAAAUCCAUAUUUCUUUACUUAAGCCAUCAUUGAAACAAACAAAAUAAAAAGCCACCCCCAAAAAUGAAUCCUGGGUAGUAAAAUUGGGAAUAGACAGAGAGAGUGUUAGUGUUAGAUGUCUUUUCCCAGUGUAGCAGAAACCUUUCAUGCAGCUAUUAUUGUAAGGAAUACACAUUUCUCUUGACCUGUGCUCCAUCUCAGGUUCCUUAUUGGUAGCGAUCCAUGAAAAAGAUGGUCUCCUAAAGUCCCUCUUUCUUGCAGUUGGCUAUUCUCUUGAGUUAGGUACUUACAGUGAGCAGUUGACUUGGUCACAUGCAGUUGAUUGAAAGUGACCACUUACUUCCUUUUUUGGAGUUACUUCCCCAGGGCAUCCUCCUAAGCAAAAAAAGGGCUUAAGGCCUAGGGACAAAGGACCAGCUUCUGCAUCCAAGGAAUUAGAUCCAACUCUUGAUUUUCCACAAUAAGGAUUAUUGCCAGCAAAUUGAAUGUUGUCUUCCCUCUGGUCCAUCAAGUAUUGAGGCUCUAUUUCCUGUUCCCUGUCAGUGUAUAUGAGCUCAGGAAAUGGGAAUGUCGCUGAUACUCUAAGAAAAAAAUGUGAUUAACAAAGGAGACUUGCUGGGAGAAAAGACAAAAGUGCAUUCUAAAACCACAUCUUUUGCGGGGAGGGGGGGGAGGGGGGUGGUUCUGGAUGUUACUGUUCACUCACCAUUGCUCCGUUAGCAAAGAUGAUCAAGCCUUCAUUUAUUUUAGGCUUUGUUUUUCUGCCCCACUUUGUUUUCCUUGCUGUAAUGAGAUCAUUGUUUGGAAAUGUCGUACUCUGUGUUUAUAAUUCUCUGAGAAAUGCUUUUGUAUGAGUCUUAGAUAUGACGUUGCAGUAGUUGGCAUACAUGGUAAAGGAAAACCUAGUGACAAAUCACUGAAAAUACAUCCUUUGUUACCUCAAAAAAAAAAAAAAAAAAAAAAAAAAAUC